CGACAGCGGUGCAGCGCUGCAAAACCUCCCCGAGAGCCACGUCUCUAAUUCAAAUAACAGAAUCUGUUGGAGGGAGAGAACAUAAGCCCGAUCCAAACGGGACACGCAGAUAACGAAGGCCCGUGUCGACAUGAAGGUGGUUUUCGCCGCGGUGUUUGCGUUCGUCCUCCCGCUGAUCGGGGCUCAGGUGCCUCAUUGGGGUCCGUGUCCGGAGCCGGAGGUCCAACCGGCCUUCAACCUGAAACAGUUCAUGGGGAGAUGGUUUGAAAUCGCCAAGCUGCCGGCCCAGUUUGAGAAGGGUCGGUGCAUUGAGACCAAUUUCACUUUGAAGACGGACAAAUUGAUUCGAGUGGUCAGCUCUGAAAUACUAAAAGCACAGCUGAGGAAAAUCGAAGGGGCCGGCGUCAUCGAGGACAUGAAGAAUCCGGCUAAACUGGGGAUAAGUUAUUCCUACGUCCUGCCCUACUCCCCUUACUGGAUCCUGUCCACUGACUAUGUGAACUCGGCCCUGGUGUAUUCCUGCACCGACAUCCUCAGGCUUUUCCACGUCGACUUCGCCUGGAUCCUGGGCCGAACGCGAACCUUGCCGGAAGCCACCGUGGAGAAAGCCAUGGAGAUCUUUGCGAAGAACGACAUCGACGUGAGCAGGAUGGUUCCCAGCAGGCAGAAGGACUGUGACAACACUCUCUGAGCAGUGAUGGAAACGCAGCAGAAGAUGGUGCUGUUGUUGACAGGAGAGAGAAUUAUAUAUUAUCUCUUCCAUAAAAAUGUUCAUCAACAUAUGAAUAUAUAUAUAUAUAUAUAUAAAUCUCAUCUAUACCUGAAACUCAUCUAAUUAAAGUAAAUAAAACAGUGAAACUUACUUAUCUUUGAUUC